UCACGAUGCUCUCAAACGCGACCAUUCUACUGUGGGUUGACUUCGACAGCCCCAAGGACGUUCUUAUCUUUAUUUUCCACAUUCUGUUCGCUACAAGUGCUAUUCUCAUCGCUGGCUCGGUAGUGAUCGCUAUCUUUAGCACGAGAUCUCUGCGAAUACAGAACCGGUUCAUAUUCAUGUUGAACACCAGCAUCAGUGACACACUGACUGGUUUUUCCAUUUAUUACCUCGGUCUCUUCGACGUUCAAGAAGGCUACCCAUCCAGGAAUGGAACGUUUUACAUUUUACCUUCAUUCCUAGGGGUGAAUGUGCUCACAUUUUUGUUUGCGCAAUUUGACAGGUACUUUGCAGUGUGCCACCCCUUUUUUUACAAUCGCUUCAUAUCGCGUUCGUUUGUCAUUGGAAUUUGUGCGUUUUGUUGGAUUUACACCUAUUUCAUAUUAAUGGUGCAAAACAUGGUUCCCAUCUCAAAAGCUGCGCAGAUUAAUGCAUUCGGCGUUAUGACUUUGCAAAUAAUAGUUCUUACCAAGGUAUUGAUGACCAUCAAGUUGUACAUCGUAGCCAGAAACCAGCUAGGGCGAGAGGCACCCAGCACUGAGAGAGAUAACAAGAAAGAGUCUCUGCGCAUCAUAGUGUUUGUGGUCAUAUGCUUCUUAGCGUUAUGGGCUCCCUCCUUUGUCAAUAUCAUAGUGCGGCAGCUAACUUACCAUGGUCUGAAGUUUAGGAAUGAGGCAACAAAUCUGUUUGCCAUCUUGGCGAGGUUUAACGCAUUGGUCACACCAGCGUUGUACAUCUGGGGCAGCCCAGCGCUAAGCUGUGCGGUAUGGAGAACGGUGUGGAGGAGAGUGUGUCCCAAGCGGAAGGGAAGAAUCGGUUUUGAUCACUUAAGGAUGUGCAAAGACAGAGGAAGAAUUUUAAGCAUAGCUAGGGUCUUGGGGCAACCGGUGUGAACAAUCUAAAUGCCUAAUUUUGCACAACACCCAUGGCCCUUGUUUGCUUCAAUUUCCUUUUCCACUAUUUCUCCCCAAACUUACUCUGGUAGCCUACCCACGCUCUUGUAUUUCUUUUUUUUUGUUUUACUGUAAAGACUGAUACAUUUUCAUUUCUAACCUUGUAUUAAUACAUUUAAUUUUAAUGAAUUAAUGAAUUAAUGUUGUGGUGACAUAUUUGUGAAAAAUACUACACCUCAUUUAUCUUCUGUAAAAGUAAAUUAACCAGGUUCAACGUGAACACCCAAAACAUAUUCCUAUUACCAUCAUUGUCGGAGAUAGGCUUCUGUAAUCCUUGUGUUGGGACCCUUCCAAGAAUGAUGCAUGAGAAAUGUAAAUUCACUUUUGAUGUGGAAAGAGGUGAAAUAGGAUUUGAGAGAUGGAAUGGACCAGACUGUAAAAUUGUCUCUCCUAACUAGCAUUUAUUUUUCCAGCUAUCCAAAAAUGUUUCACUAGCAAUGUCAUAGUAUCGAAUGCUACCUCAACUUCACCUUUAAAAAUGGAUGAUUCAUUAUUAACCUGCAUGUCGCUCGUGGUAAAUUCUUGCAAACCCUGCGCCUAUUUCAUUACCCUGCAUGUGAAAUGUACGUAGUCCAACCAUAUGUGGUAUGUCAUCAUGGUUACAGACGUUCACAGAUGGACAAUAUUGAAAAUAUUUAGAUUAAAGCCUACAUAGGCUACACGAGUUGCACAAGAGUUGUAGCCAACAAGACUACACCUGCUUAUUUGUAAUUUGUUGACUGCGUAUAUGUGAUCACUAAAAUGUCAGUAUUUGUUCUAAAUGUGGAGAUGAAAGUCAAAAGCCUGACUGAAUAAAUAUGUUUAAUGUA